AUGCAUUCUUCUGUAAUGGCUCCAACGCGGAAUCUAAUCCGAGACGAAGAGCUUGGAUCCAUAUCAGACGAAGAAGAAGAUUCUCCAUCUGGUAAACGAUCAAAACUCGAUCGGUUCCCUCUAAGCCGAUGGGAACUAGCAGUAUCUCUCGGCGUCUUCCUCGUCUUCUCCUCAGGUCUCCUCUGCAUCUACAUCACAAUGCCUUCUGCAGAGUUCGUCAAACUCAAGCUCCCAAGAACCAUCUCUGAUCUCCGCUUGCUCAAAGACAAUCUAGCGAACUAUGCGAAUGAGUAUCCGGCGCAGUUUGUUUUAGGGUACUGUGCCACCUACAUUUUCAUGCAGACGUUUAUGAUUCCAGGGACUAUCUUUAUGUCACUUUUAGCUGGAGCUCUGUUUGGUGUUGUCAAAGGUGUUGUCUUGUUGAUUGGUCGGCCGUUGAUUACUUGGCUAUGGCCUGAGAAACUAAGAUUCUUUCAAGCUGAGAUUGGUAAGCGAAGAGAUAAGCUUCUGAACUAUAUGUUGUUUCUGAGGAUAACACCAACACUGCCCAAUCUGUUCAUCAAUUUGGCUUCUCCUAUAGUUGAUGUACCUUUUCAUGUCUUCUUUUUGGCGACAUUGGUUGGUCUUAUUCCUGCAGCUUAUAUAACCGUCAGGGCUGGCCUUGCUAUUGGAGAUCUGAAAUCGGUGAAGGAUCUGUAUGAUUUCAAGACUUUGUCGGUGCUUUUCCUCAUUGGGUUUAUCUCCGUACUUCCAACGAUACUGAAAAGAAAGAAGAUAUACGAGUAA